AUGCCAGACGGUAACUGGAUUCUGGGUGACCUUUUCGAGAAAGACUACGGUCACGCGGGAUCCAUCGAGAAGCUAUGGGAGAUGAGAUGGAAGUUUCCAUGUAGACGGGGCGUGUACCCCUUCCACGAUGGCAAAUUCGAGGAUUUCGAGCCCAUUUUCAAUAGUAUCAUCGCCAACAAAAUCAAUGACCCUUAUACCGACGACUAUACCAACGCUUUUCUCCCUACAGCGCAAAACCUGGUCAAACAAGCCGACCAACUCGCACGGCAAGGAUCGAUUGAAGAAGCGAAGUCACUUUAUCUGCGAGCAAACGCUGUGUACCGCCUCGCGCGAUUCCCCUACAUUGACACUCCGCUCAAAACGCAGGUCUUCUCCGAGCAAAAAGAAACCUACCUCCGCGGCUCUUCCCUCUGGACUGUCCCCAUCAAAGAAGUUACGAUUCCCCACACUCAGGCCGUCGGGAACGAACAUCCUAAAAUUCCGCUCUACAUUCGCAAGCCAAGCGGUGCAGGCCCAUUUCCCACCAUCUUGCUCAUCACAGGUUUAGACGGACACCGCCCAGAUAACACUGAACGGACUACCGAGCAUCUCCAACGCGGCUGGGCAACAGUCAUCUGUGACAUCCCCGGCACAACUGAAGACUGCCCCGCUGACCGCCGCGAUCCACUCUCCCCGGAUCGGCUCUUCACCUCGAUUCUCGCAUGGAUUCGCGACGAGCCAUCUCUCAAUGAACGUAAAGUCAUUGCAUGGGGUUUGAGCGCCGGUGGAUAUUACGCGAUUCGCCUUGCACACACACAUCGCAACCAGCUCCUCGGAAGCGUCGGACACGGUGCAGGCACACACCACUACAUCGGCCGUGAGUGGCUUUCACGUAUCUCAAAACACGAGUAUCCGUUCGGACUAGAACGUGCGUACACUUCCAAGUACGGUUAUCGCGAUUUCGAAGAGAUGAAGGAGAAGUGUCAGGAUGAAUUCAGUCUUGUGAGUGGGAAGGGGGAGGGAGUUGCCGUUGUAGCGCAGGGUUUAUCGUCAUGCAGGCUGCUGCUAAUCAAUGGUGUGCUUGAUGGGUGCAUGCCGGUUGAGGAUAGUAUGUUGUUAGCUGAGUAUGGGAGUCCGAAGGAGAUGCGAUUCAUCAGGGAGCGUGCGCACAUGGGGUAUCCUGAAGCGAAUGGCGUUGUUUUUCCGUGGUUAGAAGAGGUAAUGAGCUCCGUGCAGUAGAUCCCAAGAGGUAGAUAUCUUAGCCUCCCAGAAAAAUCAUGGUAUCGCUUCCUUUUUGUUUACUGUUCUUAUCGUUUCCUGGGACGCAUCGACGUGACGUGCCUAUAUACAUGAAUACAUGAGAACUUCCUGUAUUUCAUCGGGUAUAUGCCGCAUGAUAGAAUUCCUCGAUCUCUAUUGUCACUUCCACUCCAAGCGAUGGACAUAUAUUUAAAUAACUCGGUAGUUACACACAGGCAGAUACAUAAGCAGGUACUCUUGGUACUGACUUCCUACCCGACGGCUCGAUCCCGCGAAGUCACUUGUCUCUCGUUCACUUGAGCAGCUUUCUAUCAUUGCCCAUCAUCUUUUCCCUUCCGCAAUACUCCAUAUCAAUACUGCACGGCGAAUAUCCCCGCUCCGCUGUUGAUACAUUAUUACGAACGCUCCCACGCGGACUCAUUGUUCUCAAGCACUAUUGUAUUCUCAAACUACACAAAUGGCGACAUUUCCAUCCUGGCCUGAGUACUACGAGAAGUAUGCGAAGUCUGUCCCUCAGACUCUUGACAAGGAUAUAUGUAAGUUGACACCUUCAGGAUCAUACAUUCGGAACCAUGCGUCUUCCUCGUUCGACCCG